AUGGCUAUCUCAGAUAUGCUGAACCGUCGUGUACGGGCAAGACCGACAGCUGAGGAGAUCUAUUCUGACGACUCCGACGUCAGCGAAGAGCCUAUCCAGCGCGAAGGUGCCGAGGAUGACGAGUCUGAUGAAGACCUCCAAUCGCAAGACGACGAAGAUGGCUCUGAUUUUGGCUCCGAAGGCGAGGGUGAAGAUGAGGACGAAGACGAGGACUCCCAAGAUGAAGAUCUCGACGACCAAGACCUUUCCGAUGACCAGGAAGACGACCAAGAAGAUUUCAAAGCCUCCCUCAAUAACAUUUCAUUCGGCGCUCUAGCCAAAGCACAAGCAUCUAUGGGUCCUAAGAAGCGCAAGUCCUCAAAAGCUACCGAGGAGUCUACAUCCACCGCUUCCCCACUCGACGACAUUCGGACCCGUAUCCGAGAAGCUCGCGAACAGAAACGAGAAGCUGAGGGUUUGGGAUCUAGUGCCAAGGACAAAAAGGACAAGAAUGAAAAGGCCCGUACAUCUAAGCAUGCGCCUAUGGUGCAAUCCUCCAAACGAGCUGUUACCAGGAAACGUAUCAUCGUGGAACCUCCCGCCGUUGCAAAGGCACGGGAUCCUCGAUUCGAUGCUGCUGUUAUGGGACACAGUGGUGCAGGUCGAUUCUCGGAGGGAACAAGUAAAGCAUACUCCUUCUUGGAUGAUUACCGGGUAUCUGAGUUGAAGGAUCUGAAGGAGCAAUUUGCGAAGACCAAGAAUUUGCAACACAAGGAGCAAUUGAAGAAGCAGAUUCGAUCCGCUACAGACAAGAUGAAGACUGCAGAGAACAAGAAGCGGGAGCGAGAAAUCAUUGCUGAUCAUAAGAAGCGUGAGAAGCAGAUGCUGCGUGAGGGCAAGAAGAGUAACCCGUACUUCCUCAAGAAAUCCGAUCUCAAGCAACAGGUUCUGGAGAAGAAGUACGAGGGCAUGAAGUCUAAGGAACGGGCCAAGGCAUUGGAGCGUCGCCGUAAGAAGAUGGCUUCUAAGGAGCGGAAGGAUAUGCCUUGGGAACGCCGUGGCACUGGUAUGGGUGAUGAUGAGCCUCCAAGUUACGGAGGAGUCAAGCGUCGUCGACUUGAUUAG